ACCAGGCAGUGCAGGCUGUUGAGGCAUAUCUCCCAUACCCAAGAUCCACCCAGCCAGCCUAUCUGUCUACCCCUCCCGCAUGACUGGUGGGCAGGGCUGCCUCCAGCCAGAAUGCUCCUCGCUCCCCUUGAUCAGGGCAGAUUCAAGCACACAGACCAGAAACUGCAGCAUGUCACAGAGUCCCAGCCAGCCAGAAGUCCCUGCAAAAGGACAAGGCACUCCAGAUGCUCCCCCAGAGGAGCCCCCCUGUGCUGAACUGAAAGCCAACUUUGAAAAAUGCGUUAAAGAGAAGGGAGAAGAGGCAUGCAAGGAACUGCUGGAGACAUAUCAUUCCUGCUUGCGGGCACUGGGCAUAGCUCACCCGAAUCUAAAAAACGGUCCCUAGGUGAGUGUCCCUAUAUUGUUUGGACUUAGGGGUAAAAGGUUUGGUGGCAGCAUUCAAUGGGAACACAGCUGCAAUAUAGAAUAGCUGGGUUAUGGGGAAUUCACUUAGUCAGAAAGAGGGAGUGUG